UUGAGGUGGCCAAUUCUAAUCCCCCACAGGAGCAAGAGUAAUGAACCUAGGCUCUUCCUCUUCAGGGGCAAAGCAGAGUCUGGGGAGUCUGGGGGCAUGCAAAGAGGGACCUCCAGAGCUCCCCUCGGGGUGACCAGAGGGCUGAGGGCCUAGUGACUAAGAAAGGGUGCAAGCAGAGUUGCUCAGAGGGAGUGGUGCUCAGAGAGGCCAGGGUACUUGGGUUAAUCAUCACUGUGGCUCAGAUAAGGCUCUGCCAGCUGGAAGCAGAGUUAGUGUGACAGAAGGGUUUGUGUGGCUGAAGAAGCAGGCACAACAGUGUGUCCACAGCGUGGGACCAUGCCAGGCACAAAACGAUUUCAACAUGUGAUUGAGACCCCAGAGCCCGGCAAGUGGGAGUUGUCUGGGUAUGAGGCAGCCCUGCCAAUCACAGAGAAGUCAAACCCACUGACCCGGGACCUGGACAAAGCAGAUGCCAAGCAGAUUGUUCAAUUACUGGGGCAAUGUGAUGCUGAGAUCUUCCAGGAGGAGGGGCAAGCCAUGCCCACAUACCAGGUGACCUACAGCGACUCAAUUCUGACCACCAUGGUACAAGUGGCUGGAAAAAUUCAGGAGGUGCUGAAGGACCCUGAGGGGGGCCUGGUGGUGCUGAGUGGAGGGGGCACCUCUGGCAGGAUGGCAUUCCUCAUGUCGGUCUCCUUUAACCAGCUGAUGAAAGGGCUAGGACAGAAACCUCUUUACACCUACCUCAUUGCAGGAGGUGACACGUCUGUGGUGGCCUCUGGGGAGGGGACAGAAGAUAGUGCCCUGCAUGGGAUUGAGGAACUGAAGAAGGUGGCUGCUGGGAAGAAGAGGGUGAUAGUCAUUGGCAUUUCGGUGGGACUUUCUGCUCCCUUUGUAGCAGGCCAGAUGGACUACUGCAUGGAUAACCCAGCUGUCUUCUUGCCGGUUUUGGUUGGUUUCAAUCCAGUGAGCAUGGCCAGAAAUGACCCCAUUGAAGACUGGAGUUCAACAUUUCGACAGAUAGCAGAGCGGAUGCAGAAACUGCAAGAGAAACAGGAAGCUUUUGUGCUCAAUCCUGCAACUGGGCCUGAGGGUCUCAGUGGCUCCUCCCGGAUGAAAGGUGGAAGCGCGACCAAGAUCCUGCUGGAAACCCUGUUACUGGCAGCCCACAAGACUGUGGACCGGGGUAUUGCAACAUCUCAGAGGUGCCUUCUGGAAAUCCUGCGGACAUUUGAGCGGGCUCAUCAGGUGACCUAUAGUCAAAGCCCCAAGAUUGCCGCCCUGAUGAAGCAAGCCAGCACUAGCCUAGAGAAAAACGGCCGAGUGUACCUGGUUGGCUGGCAGACCCUCGGCAUCAUUGCCAUCAUGGAUGGGGUAGAGUGCAUCCACACCUUCGGUGCUGAUUUCCAAGAUGUCCGUGGCUUUCUCAUUGGUGAUCACAGUGACAUUUUUAACCAGAAGGCUGAUCUCAUCAAUCAGGGUCCCCAGUUCUCCUUCUCCCAGGAGGACUUCCUAACCUCCAUCCUGCCAUCCCUCAAGGAAAUUGACACUGUGGUCUUCAUUUUUACCCUGGACGACAACCUCACGGAGGUGCAGACACUGGUGGAGCAGGUGAAAGAGAAGACCUCCCACAUCCAGGCCUUGGCACACAGCACUGUGGGGCAGUCCCUGCCGACCACUCUGAAGAAGCUCUUUCCCUCCAUCAUCAGCAUCACGUGGCCACUGCUUUUCUUUGAAUAUGAAGGGAACUUCAUCCAGAAGUUCCAGCAUGAGCUCAGCACCAAUUGGGUGCUGAAUACAGUGAGUACGGGGGCCCAUGUACUUCUUGGGAAGAUCCUCCAAAACCACAUGUUGGACCUCCGCAUUCGCAACUCCAAGCUCUUCUGGCGGGCACUGGCCAUGCUUCAGCGGUUCUCUGGACAGCCCAAGGCUCCAUGUAUCGAGAGCCUCCUCCAGGUGAUCCACUUCCCUCAGCCACUGUCGGAUGAUAUUCGGGCUGCUCCCAUCUCCUUCCACAUCCAGGUUGCACAUGAGAAGGAACAGGUGAUCCCCAUAGCCUUGCUGAGCCUCCUAUUCCGGUGCUCCAUCCCUGAAGCACAGGCACACUUGGCUGCAGCUCCCUCCGUCUGUGAGGCUGUCAGGAGCGCCCUCACUUGGCCAGGUCGGAAGCGCAGUGCGGAGCCCCUUGAGACUCUUGAGCCUGCCCUGCAGUGAACCGGUGUUUCCGUGUGUGUGAAGGGGACCAGCCCAGCCCAGCCCAUGGGGGCUUGCUGGGCCAGCAGCACAUGUGGUGGGAGGAGAGGUCACCCAGGGGCAUCAGCAGCCCAGGGUGGAGAGAAAGAAUCUCUCUACUUUGGAGGAGUUCUUGCUCCUGACUCAGUGAUCUCCACUUUCACUGGCAUAUUCUGAUUUCAGAAAUAAAACUAAAAGGCUUGUUUUGGAAAGUUAAACUUCCACACUCAGUAAAUCAGAGUCAAUAGAUCAGAGAUGGGACAAGAUGGGUGGGAUGGGUUGGUCCCAAUAGCAAGUUUGUUUCUUUACUUCUCCCCCCGUCCCCUAACCACAUUAAAUUGGCCACUGACCCAAACCUUAUUCCAGCAUCUCUACAUCUCCCAUCUCCAACAUGUAGGUGUGCGUGUCAUGCGCAUGCACACACGCUCCACUCCUACACAGAAUCACACAAACAAGGAGAGGCGGGAACUUAGGUAAUUCCAGGGGAAGAGGGAAGAAGUUGUGCCCCCAACAUAGGAUACCCAGAAAAAAGACAAUCCCCAUUAAUCAUGACAGGAUCCUUCUUACUAGAAUGAACGCUACAUCCACACAUUAGACUAUGAAGUGAGAGUUGCAUCCCCUGCCCAGUGUUUGUAAGGGGAACGUAAGGGACUCUGGGGGUGCUGAACACCCUUUGGUGGUGGGACCCAAUAAGCACUAGGAACCCCAGUCUGUACAUUUUAGACUUCAGCUGUUACCUGUUUUG